UCAGGUGAUCUUUGAUUGAAAUAAAGAAAUUAUCUCUAGUCGUUUUCUUCUCUUGUGUUUUCAGGUAGUGGCUGGAGGCAUUGGCCUCACAUCAAUCAAAGCCUCCAAGAUGAACUACAAUAGCAGACGCCACUUUCGGCACAGCUCCAAGACCUCGUGUCGCCCAAUACCUAUUCCUUUAGAGCCUCUGAAACAAGGAGAAUACAUGGAUCCCAAGGAGAGACUAUUCCUGGAGGCGGCAGAGAAGGGAGAUAAGCACAGCAUGAUUCGCUGUCUUCAGGGACCCAAUCCUGUUAAUGUCAACUGCACAAAUAUGCUUGGCCGGUCAGCCAUACAGAUUGCUGUGGACAAUGAAAAUAUAGAAAUUGUGGAGGUUCUGCUUAAACAAGAUGGUGUUAAGAUUGGAGAUGCUCUGCUGUACGCCAUCCGAGAAGGGGUGUACAGGAUUGUGGAGAUGCUCAUUGACCACCCUAGUAUCAGUCGCAGCAUGCUGGGAUCUGAUUGGUCCAGAACUAAACCCAGCGGUGAAGAGAGUAACGAUUACUCCCCAGACAUUUCUCCUGUCAUUUUAGCUGCUCAUUGCAACCAGUUUGAAAUUCUUCAGCUGCUUCUGACCCGAGGAGCCAACAUUGAAAAGCCACACGAACUUUCAUGUUCUUGUAAGAAGUGUCAAGAGCAAGUCCAUGAGGACAGUUUGCGUCACUCUCUCCUGAGGAUUAACACGUACCGGGCACUCGCUAGUCCCGCCUGGAUCUCACUCACAAGCUCUGAUCCCAUCCUGUCUGCAUUCAAACUUUCAUGGGAGCUGGAGAAGCUAGCGCUGCGAGAGAACGAGUUUAAGGACACCUAUAUGGAGCUUUCUGAUCAGUGUAAACGCUACGCCUGUGACCUGCUGGAUCAGUGCCGCAGCAGUGAGGAGGUCAUCGCUGUCCUCAAUAAGGAGAUAGAGAGCGAGGAUGACAGUGAUUACGAUGAGGAUAGUGUGGACAGGGACGACAAACUCACACUAGCACGUCUCAAACUGGCUCUAAAGUAUGAACAAAGACAGUUUGUUGCACAUCCUCACUGCCAACAACUGCUCACCUCUAUCUGGUACGAAGGUCUCCCAGGGUGGAGGAAGAGGAAUGGCUUCACCAAGUUUCUCAUGUGUAUAGGCCUCAUUGUUCUACAACCUUUCAUGGCCGUCUACUACCUGAUAUUUCCAAGGAGCAAAAUAGGACAAUUGUUGCGAAGUCCGUUCAUGAAGUUUUUGUAUCACAGUGCUUCGUUUGGUGUGUUUUUGUCCCUGUUGGUGUUUGUGUCCAUGGAUGUAAGCAAUCAGAAGGGGCGAGAUCGGCUAAGAGGCCCCCCUCCAUCACAACUCGAAUGGCUCAUCGUCUUCUGGGUGACAGGGUUUAUCUGGGCAGAGUGCAAGCAGGUGUGGGACGAGGGACUAAAAGCUUACGCCCGACAGUGGUGGAACUGGCUGGACUUCAUCAUGUUGUCGUUGUAUCUAGCAGCAUUUUCAUGUCGCAUCUCGGCAUUUUUUCAGAUUUCAUCCGGGCGUUUUGGCCCUGAGAACAUGGAGCGUAACUGUUGGCCACAUACAGACCCUGUGUUGAUCUCAGAAGGCUUGUUUGCCCUGGCUAAUGUGUUUAGCUUUGCCAGGAUUAUCUACCUGUUCCAGGCUAAUCAGCAUCUAGGACCUCUGCAGAUUUCUCUAGGAUGUAUGCUGAUUGAUAUAGCCAAAUUCCUGUUCAUAUUCUUCUUGGUGCUCACCUCAUUUGCCUGUGGCAUGAACCAGCUGUACUGGUAUUAUGGCUUGUCAGAAAAUAACCAGUCCGGGGCCUUCAACAGCCUCCUUAUGAGUUAUAGGACACUGUUCUGGUCACUCUUUAGUCUGACCCAGCUAAAAGACAUCAAGAAUGAUGAGGGUGGUCAGCCAUACACAGAGAUCAUCGGGGAGUUGAUGUUUAUGAUUUAUCACGCCAUGGGCAUCAUUGUCCUCAUCAACAUGCUCAUUGCCAUGAUGUCCAACUCAUUCCAAGACAUCGAGAAUCAUGCUGACAGAGAGUGGAAGUUUGCCCGCUCCAAGCUGUGGAUGGGAUAUUUUGAUGAAGGUUGCACCCUCCCCCCUCCGUUCAAUCUCAUCAUCAGCCCUAAAUCUGUCUACUACUUCCUACGGUCCUGUAAAGCCAUCCUGUGCCACUGCUGCAGGUGGCGGCGGCGCUCCUCGCAGAUGCGACGCAAGUCCACCGAGGGAACCAUCAAGUUCAGAGCCUCCGUAAGCCCUGAUGAUAACACCAUUUUUAAGACAAGUGAGAGUGGAAAAACAACCAAUGAUAGACCUACAUACAAUGGAGAGCCAUGUGGAGUGACAUAUCAACCAGAUACGCCUUUGUAUCAGGAUGUGAUGAGACGACUGGUAAGCAGAUUUAUACACCAGUGGAAGAAGCAGCUGCGUCAAGAUGGGGUUAAUGAGGAUGAUUUGUUGGAAAUUAAACAAGAUAUAUCUAGCUUAAGAUACGAAUUAAGAGAAGACCGUAAGCGUGAGACUCAGCGCACAGUGGGUCACAUGGACACAUUACGACAGGACAUUGCCCAUACUUUCCGCCCCUCCCCCAGUAACAGCCCCCUGCUGGGCAACUCUAAUAAACUUGCCCACACCAGCCCUAACAGCAGUAUGAACCUAUCCAGCUCUCUGCUUACCCCUCAGGAGCUUGAAUAUAUCCGUCACGACAUUGUGAAGACUGUGCGUCACGAGGUCAGGGAGGCCGUGCGUGAUGCCCUAUCACAGUCGAGGGAGCCCCGGAACGCUCUGCUGCCACCCCCACCCCUGACCAUGCUCCCACCUAUCAACUCUGAAUUGUACCAUACUCAUCUCUACACACAACUCUGA